AUGCAACAACAACAAAAAUUCAGGGUUCCAACACCUAUCUCUAGAAAAGAAAAACAAGUCAAAGGUUUACAAUCCUAUUUUCCAUCAGCAACAACACCCGGAGCUCAACCAACUAUCAAAAGCGUUCUUCAAAGCAAAGAAAUUGUGGAGAAGUGUGAUAUUGCUAUUGCGAAAUGGAUGGUGGAUGCCUCUGUUCCAUUUAAUGCGGUUAAUUCAGCUUACUAUCAGCCAAUGAUUGAUGCUAUUGCAAGCAUGGGUGCAGGGUAUAAAGGGCCAAGUUAUCCAAGAGUUCGUGGGUAUUUGUUGAGUAAAUUAGUUGAGGAUGUGAGGAAAAUGAUUGAUGGUUAUCGUGAGAUUUGGAAGCAAACUGGAUGCACUAUUAUGGCCGAUGGAUGGACUGAUCGUUGUAGGCGUACUUUGAUUAAUUUUUUAGUUUAUUGUCCUAAAGGAACUAUUUUUCUAAAGUCAGUUGAUGCUUCUAAUAUCUCAAAAACUGCUAAAAAUUUGUUUAAGUUGUUUAGGGAUGUUGUAUUGUUUGUUGGUCCUGAGAAUGUUGUGCAUAUUGUAACGGACAAUGCUGCAAACUAUGUUGCUGCGGGAAGAUUGUUGGAGGCUGAGUUUCCUAAAUUGUAUUGGUCCCCUUGUGCAGCUCAUUGUGUUAAUCUGAUGUUUCAAGAUAUUGGGAAGUUGCAAGAAGUGAUUCAAACUGUGUCACAAGCUUCACUGAUCACUAAGUAUAUCUAUAAUCAUUGCUAUCCACUGUUCUUGAUGAGAAAGUUUACAGGUGGGCGGGAAAUACUUCGUCAAGCUCCAACUCGGUUUGCUACUAAUUUCAUUGCUUUGCAAAGUAUUUUAGCUCAAAAGGAUCCUUUGAGAGCUAUGGUGACUUCUAAAGAAUUUACAAGCUCAGCUUACUCCAAAGAAGCCAAAGCUAAGAAAUUUGUGGAUCAAGUCUUGGAUUCUAAAUUUUGGAGUCAAUGCACUGAUAUUGUUAAGCUUACCUCGCCACUUGUUCAUGUUUUACGUAUUGUGGAUAGUGAAGACAGACCUGCCAUGGGUUAUCUUUAUCAAGCUAUUUAUAAGGCUAGAGAAGAAAUGGUGAGGAGGUUUCAGAAAAGAAAGAAAGUUGUUGAUCCUUAUUUGAAGAUUUUGGAUACCCGUUGGGAUGCACAACUUAAGAAAAAUCUUCAUGCCACUGGUUAUUGGUUAAAUCCAGCUUUUCGAUUUAAUGCUGGAGAAUUUGAAAAGCACAAAGAAACGAUUUCUGGCUUGUUGGAUGUCAUUGAGAAAUAUGCUUAUGAUGAUCCUGUAUUGAACUCUAAGCUGACAAGUGAGAAGAGGAUCUUUAAGAAUGCUGAGAAAGAUUUUGGAAGACCCUCUGCAAUACGUGAACGAACCACUGUUAUGCCAGGUGAAAUUUCUUCGUAAAUUUGGUCUUUUACUAUUGUGAUGUAUUUAUUAUGUGAUAUUUAUGAUUGUGAUAAAUUAUUUAUCUAUUUUUUAUGUUAAGAUCAAUGGUGGGAAUCUUAUGGUUGUGGAGCACCAAAUUUGCAAAAGUUGGCUAUUCGUGUUUUAAGCCAGACUUGUAGCUCUUCAGGUUGUGAGCGUAACUGGAGUAUUUUUGAACACAUUCACUCAAAGAAGAGGAAUCUGUUAGAGCAUCAAAAACUUAAUGAUCUUGUUUAUGUUCAUUACAACUUAAGGUUACAACAAAGGUACUUUCUUGAUUGUUUUAAGUUGAAAGCAUUAUUUUAAAAUCUUAAUCAUCACAUGAGUAACGAAAUAUAUUGAUAACAUAGGAACCAAAUGAGAAACCAAGUUUAUGAUCCAAUUUGUCUUGAUGCAUUUGAGGAUCAUUCGGAAUGGAUACUGGAAGAUUCACCACCAUUUUUAACUCCUGAAGAAAUUGAUGCUUUACGAAAUGAUCUUGCAAAUAUGUCUCUUCAAUCACCUUUAGAUGAUUUAGAUCAAUUGGAUUUGGAAGAUGAUCGGGAGGAUGAUGGAGCUAAUAAUUCUGUGAAAAAUGCAAAUCAAAAUGAAACCAAUCAGGAUGUAGCUCCACAUUUGUCAGAUGAAGAGCAACUUGCCGACUUCGAAAUCACUCCUUGGAUUUAGUUUAUGAAUUGUUAUCCAUAUUGUGUUUAAUUAAGAUACUAAUGUACUAGUACUAACUACUUUCAUGUUUAUCUUUGUAUUAGUUAUAUUUAGACUU